CUAUUUUUUCACACACAUCCAAAUUAGCACAACCCUCAUUCAAAGCAUAUAAAUCUCUUCCAUUCAUUUCAAACUCUCUUCACCUCAAACCCAAACCCAAUUUCUCUUCUAUGCACCAUGAAGAUUUUCAACCCUUCUAAAUCCUUUCUUCAAAACGUCGUCGCUCCAUUCGACACCAUCUUCAUCAAAAACAUGAAGCUCAACACCCUUGGUGCUUCCCACGUUAAACAAUUCCAUUUCCUCAGCAACAACUGAGAUUCAGAUCACACUUUUAUUUAUUUCCCAAACUACCCCUCCCAUCCCAACCCCAAACCAAAUCCAAAAACCUCACUUCACCCCAAUUUUCUAUCAAAAUCAUAAUGGAUCGAAUUAAUAUGAACAAGAAAAGAACGAUUCUGUUCAACAAAUACGAGAUAGGUAAAACCCUAGGUCAAGGAAAUUUCGCGAAAGUGUACCAUGGAAGAAACGUUAGCACGAACGAGAACGUGGCUAUAAAAGUGAUUAAGAAGGAGAAGCUGAAGAAAGAGAGACUCAUGAAACAAAUCAAACGCGAAGUUUCUGUUAUGAGUCUCGUUCGUCAUCCUCACAUCGUUGAAUUGAAAGAGGUUAUGGCGAACAAAGCCAAAGUGUUCAUGGUAGUUGAAUACGUCAAAGGCGGCGAGCUUUUCGCGAAGGUUGCGAAAGGGAAGAUGAAAGAAGAGAUUGCCAGGAAGUAUUUUCAGCAAUUGAUUAGUGCUGUUGAUUUCUGUCAUAGUCGCGGUGUUACGCAUCGUGAUUUGAAGCCGGAGAAUCUGCUGUUGGAUGAGAAUGAAGAUCUGAAGGUUUCUGAUUUUGGAUUGUCGGCGUUGCCGGAUCAACGACGAUCCGACGGGAUGCUUGUUACGCCGUGCGGGACUCCGGCGUACGUUGCGCCGGAGGUUUUGAAGAAGAUUGGAUAUGAUGGAUCGAAGGCGGAUAUUUGGUCCUGUGGUGUGAUUCUGUAUGCUUUGCUUUGUGGAUAUCUGCCUUUUCAAGGGGAGAAUGUGAUGAGGAUUUAUAGUAAAUCUUUUAAAGCGGAUUAUGCUUUGCCGGAGUGGAUUUCGCCGGGGGCGAAGAAAUUGAUUAAGAAUUUGCUGGUUGUUGAUCCGGAAAAGAGGUAUUCGAUUGUUGAUAUUAUGAAAGAUCCUUGGUUUCAGUUAGGGUUUAUGAGACCGAUUGCUUUUUCGAUGAAGCAAUCUGCUGUGGAUGAUAAUAUUGAUUUUAGUGGCGAUGAUGAAGGGAAUGGUGAUGCGAAUAAUGCUGAGGCUGUGGGUGGAAUUGGUGGUGGUGGUAAGAAACAUGCGAGGAGGCCGUCUUAUAACGCGUUUGAGAUAAUUUCGUCGUUGUCGCAUGGAUUUGAUUUGAGGAACUUGUUUGAGACUAGGAAGAGAUCGCCGUCGAUGUUUAUAUCGAAAUUGUCUGCUUCGGCGGUGGUUGGGAAGCUGGAGAGUUUCGCGAAGAAGGUGAAUUUGAAGGUGAUAGGGAAGAAGGAUUUUAUUGUGAGAAUGCAGGGGGUGACGGAGGGGAGGAAAGGGAAAUUGGGUAUGACUGUUGAGGUGUUUGAGGUUGCGCCGGAUGUGGCGGUGGUGGAGUUUUCUAAAUCAGCUGGAGAUACUUUGGAGUAUGUGAAGUUUUGUGAAGAUGAAGUUAGACCUUCUCUCAAAGACAUUGUGUGGAGUUGGCAGGGUGAUUCUCAUUCAUCCUGCUAAUUCUUCUCUGAAUCACAUCAGUAAUUUUUUUUAGGUGUUUUCAUUAGUGUAAUUCAAUUAGAUUUGUAUUACAAGAUUCAUAAAUGUUUGAUAUUUCAUUUGAGGUUUGUAAUUACCUUCCAAUAAUACAUACAUCAGUGUUGUUGCUUAA